AUGCCAUCUUCUCAAAAUGGGGUAUUAUCACCACAGCAUCCAUUUCAAUCAUCGAGCACGUUCUCAAUUGAUGAAUCAAAACUGUGUUUCAAUAAAACACAUUUUAACCGACCCGAUUUCAAUGUUGAGAGAUUCAUGAACCUUGCCAGGCAAAAAGCUGAUUUGAAAACCAUUCAGCAGGACCUGCGUCUUUAUCUCAGAAGUGUUCAAAAUUCAAUGAUAGAGCUCAUCAAUGACGAUUAUGCUGAUUUCGUACAUCUUUCCUCAAAUCUUGUCAGUCUUAACGAUUCACUUACGAAAAUCAACAAUGAUAUUGAGAGUAUCUGGGAGGAAUUUUGCGAAUCAACGCGCGAUUCUGUUGGAACAGCCGAGAAAAUUGAAAAUAAAUGUUGUGAACUGACAGCAAAUCGAGAGCGACAAUCUGAACUUCGUAAUCGUAUCGCGUUCUUGUCAGCGAUGGAGCAACUUGCAGCAAUGUUGCGAGCUCCGCCGAAAAAAUGCUCCAUUCUAUGGUUUGAUCGAGUUUCGUCAUAUUUGGUCGAAGUAAAGUCAAUCGAUCAUCUGCAUUCUGAUGAAGAAAAACAUGCGUAUAACGUGAUCAUGCGAAAAAUUGAAUCCAUUCUGUGCCGUGAAGGAAUUCAAAGCGUUUCUGGCGACUGUGCCAAUUUGCCAUUGAUCCUUUCCAUUGCUCAUCUUACGAAUUCCUCUCAUGCUUUGACUGGCCAAAUUGUAUCCGAUGUCUUGUAUCCGAAGCUUGUGAAAUCUUCCAUCAAUGACCAAUAUUUGUGGUUGACCGAUGUGUAUAAAAAUGUGAAUGAAAUGCGGAAUACUUGGCAGCAAAAGUUGGGAAACAAAUAUUGCGGGAAAGUUCGCAAAUUUCUCGAUGAGACUCUACUAUCAUUUGUCUUAACGUUUAUCGAUAAGUGCAUGGGAACAGUUGCCGUUCCAAGUGAUACUCGAUUGUUUCACCGAUGUUUCAUGGCGACUCAGGAAUUCAUCAAUAAUUGGCCAAACGCAGGUCGUUAUAGACAAGAAUUGAAGUCAAUUCGUGACAAAUUCAAUCUUGUAGUCUAUUUCAAACUUGAAACACACAAAUUUGUUAGAGAAAUCGACAAUUCUAUACUUCCUGAUCGAUUUUCGUUGAACGAAAGACAAACGAAUGAGGAAUUCCAUUGUAAAGUAACCAAAUUGAUUUUCGACGCAAUUGAGCAUGUAUGGAGCGAUGAUGUUUAUAUUCCAUCUAUUGUCGACAAACUUUGGGAUUUCACUCUUCGACUGUUGCUGAAACAUUCAUCUUGGUGUAAGGCUUUGCAAAAGCAUUUCGUUGAGGACAAGAAUGAAUUUGAAGGAAUUCCCACGUGGAAAGUUUUAUUGUAUAUCCGAUUAGAUGCAACGGAAUUGCAAGCACAAGUCUUCGAUUUCGCCUUGGAAAGCAUCUGGACAAAACUUAAAGAUAUCGAAGUCGAUACUACUCAGUUUGGGCAUUGUCUUACUAAACAUGGACAGUUUGUGGAUUCUGUGUGCACAUCCCUCGAUAAUGAGGCGAUUUCGCUUUUUGCAAGUGUCUUAAAUAUGGAGCUUGCACUAGUUACCGACGUUCCGAAGCAUUACCGUUGGACGAAAAAAGCGCCGCCGACGACUCAUUCAGCCUAUGUUGAAAAUGCUACGAAACAAGUUGAAGAGUUCAGGGAGAAUUUAGAAAAUCUGGCGCAUUCGAAUAUUGAGAAAAUGAUCGAAGACGUCAGUAAAUCAGCUUUCUCCUUUUUCGCCGCAAAAGCUAAAGAAGUUCAAGAUAGUGUUGAAGCAACGGGAUCGAGUUUAUCCAGAUUCAAACGAAAGAACACGAUGGAAGGAGCCGUUUCGGAUGAUGACAAAAUCAAGAUUCAGAUUCACCACGACGCCUCGUAUCUUCUUGAGAAGAGCCACGAACUUGAUAUCACUGUAGACGGGCUCGUAGAAUGUGUCGAUCGAUUCAGCGAUAUAAUUUCAAAAAUUAAUGGCACACCAGAACCUGAUGCUUAG